AUUGAUAUUGCCACGAUGGCUGGCAGUGAGUAUACAUCUGUAUACUCUGUAAAGGAUUUUUACAGAAACAAAUCAAUUUUCAUAACCGGAGCUACAGGUUGCGUGGGCAAGGUUCUUGUCGAGAAGCUAUUGAGAUCGUGUCCGGACAUUAAAAACAUUUACCUUUUAAUGAGACCUAAAAAGGGCCAGAAUGUACAAGAGAGGUUGCAGGAACUUUUAAACGAGCCGCUUUUUGAGAAACUACGGCGGGAUUCACCUGGCGAGCUUACCAAGAUCAUACCCGUGGCUGGCGAUAUUACGGAACCGGAGCUGGGCAUCUCAAUCGACGAUCAAAACACGUUAAUAAGAUCUGUAUCGAUCGUCUUUCAUUCAGCGGCUACCGUAAAAUUCGACGAGGCUUUGAAGAUUUCGGUCACAAUAAAUAUGUUGGGCACCAAAAGAUUGGUCCAAUUAUGCAACCGCAUGCACAAUGUGGAGGCAUUUAUUCACGUGUCAACGGCAUAUUGUAAUUGCGAUCGGACCGAUGUCGUCGAGGAGAUUUAUUCGGUGGAACCGGAACCUGAUCAGGUGAUCGCUCUAACGGAAUGGAUGGACGACAAAAUGUUUAAGGAACUCACGCCAAAUCUGAUAGCCAGUCGACCAAACACGUAUACAUUUACCAAAGCACUGACCGAGCGAAUGCUCCAGCAGGAAAGGGGUUCUUUACCGGUGGCGAUUGUCAGGCCAUCGAUCGUGCUGUCGUCGUACAAAGAACCGGUCGCUGGUUGGGUGGGCAAUCGCAACGGCCCCACGGGGUUUAUCAUCGCCGCUGGGAAAGGUUUCCUCAGAACUAUGCUAUGCGACGAGAACAAUGUGGUGGAUCUGGUGCCCGUCGACAUUGUGAUCAACCUAAUGAUUUGCGCGGCAUGGAGGAUCGCCACGCAACGCACCGACACCAUCCCGAUCUACAACUGUUGCACCGGCCAGCAAAAUCCUAUAACUUGGAAGCGGUUCAUCGAUCUGUCGAUCUCUACGUAUUGCCGGCUACAUCCGAUGGACAAUGUGCUCUGGUAUCCGAACGUUCGUUGCCAUAGCUCCGCAAGGAUAAACAAAUUGUGCGUGACACUUCAGCACACGCUACCGGCGUAUAUCGUAGACACUUUCGCACGGCUCAAGUGCUCGCAGCCUAUAAUGGUCCGCCUGCAGACGAAACUUUCCAAAGCCACCAAGAGUUUCGAUUACUUCAGAACGAAACAAUGGAAUUUUAGAGACGACAACGUGCGACGACUGGAUGAGCAACUCAGUCCGGAGGAUCGAGAAACAUUCACGUUCGACGUUAAGCAAAUCGACUGGCCAUCGUACUUGGAACAUUACAUUUUGGGAAUACGACAGUUUCUCCUGAAAGAGAGUCCGGACACACUGCCAGCUGCUCGUUCACGCAUCACAAAAUUAUACUGGCUUCGCAAGACCGUGCAACUCGUGGUACUGAUAAUAGUGCUAUGCGUCCUCCUUGCGCUGCUAUAUUUCGUACUUCGUAUAUCCCGCUUGAUCGUUUGACGGCUCAGAACAGGUCCGUGAAGUUGGCACUCGCAAAAUAAAUUUUUAACUACAGGAAAUUGUAACAUUUUCUUUGCAGUUGUUUGUAGUAACAAUAAUUUCGU